AUGUUAAAAUUAUCGCAUAUUGUUAUCUACACUGGUAAGAAUGUUCUUUUAAGUUGGAUCAAUCCUAGAACACUCUAUUUAGUUAUGUGUUUGAUUAAAAUUGUAAAUAAUCAAUUACUCAUACAACCAACAGAAUCAAUUAUUUCACAUAAUCAAUUCAAACCAUUUAUUGCUUUGUGUUUUGGACUGAAAAACACUCGAGUUGAUACUUGGCAAUCUCCAUCACAAAUUGAUAUUGAAGAAGAUGGAAAUGCAAGAAUAACCAUAGAACGUAAAAGAAAUGGCGUACGUUUACGUAUACGAAAUUUAACACAAAAUGAUCAAGGUACAUGGAAAUGUUUAGGUUUUGAUCAAGAUGGAAAAUCAUUUUCGAAUACUUUACAAAUUGUUGUUAAAGUUCCAAUAACAUUCAUAAGUGAACCAAUUCAAUAUGCUGAAUUAAAUUCUGUUGUAUUAAUCAAAUGUCGAGUAAUAUCAAACCCAUCUGCUGAAAUUUCAUGGUUUAAAGGACAAAAUCGAAUAGAACUUUUACCACCAAAUUAUGAACAAACAAAUGAUGGAUUAAAAAUUAAUCGAGUUUCAUCAACAGAUAAUGAUAUUUUUUGGUGUCAAGCUGAUGUUGUUGAAACUGGUGAAUCAAAAGAUUAUCAAAUUCAAGUUGUACUUGCUCAAGCUAUAACGUCUUCAAAAAUUAUUUGUUCGUCACCAUGUGCUGUUGAAAAGCGAACAGCUACUUUAAUUUGUGAAGCAAGUGGAAAUAAUCAUUUAAUUGUAAAUGGACUAUCAAAAUUUAUUGUUCGUGAAAAUCGAUUAAUUAUAAAUUAUGUUGAUCAAACAGAUAGUGGUCGAUAUUCAUGUCAUGCAUUUAAUGAUUUUGAUCAAAAAGGACAAAAAACAGAAUAUAUACUUAAUAUUACAAUUCCACCUCGCCUUUCACCUAUACCUCAAAUAGAAGUUAAUUUUGAUGAGAAUUUUCGAUCAAAACAAGUUGGUUUUAUUUGUCGUGUUGAACGUGCUUCAACUGAAAGUCUUUCUUUAGAAUGGCUUUAUGCUAAUAAUACACCCGUGCAAGCAAUCGAUGAUAUAUCAAUUGAUACUACUCGAUUGACAACGCAACAUUUAAUUGAAUUAAAUUUUAAUCCAAUACGCCGUGAACAUCAUGGAAAUUAUACAUGUUUAGCAAAGAAUUUAGCUGAUGCAAUAUCUACUGUUGCUCAACUUAUUGUUCGAUAUAAACCUAUAUUUAUUGAGCCAAAGAUGACUGAUAUAUAUAGUGUACCCAAUUACCGCACAAUAAUGAAAUGUCAAAUUGAUAGCUAUCCGCCACCUGUUAUUCAAUGGGUAAAAAUGAUACAAGGAAAUGAUAUAAAUCAGAUCAUUUUAGAAGAUAAUGAUCCACAAGUAAUUGACAUUUUUACUAAACAAAUUGGUGCAACACUUUAUGAAACACAAUUGACAUAUAAUCCAUCAGAAGAAGAUUUUGGUUUAAAUUUUGAAUGUCGAGCGAAUAAUUCUCGUAUUGAAAAACAUUCAAUAACUCUUCAACGUGCUGAACCUCCACGACCAGUUCGUAUACCUGAAGUUAAACCAAAUUCAAAUACAAUUGAACUUAAUAUCCAGCCAACAUUAGAGUUUGGUGGUCUUCCUUUACUUCAAUAUAUUGUUAAAUAUGAACAAGUUGGCGUUCCUAAUUCAUUCAAGACAAUUUUAUUUCCAGUUGUAUCAAAUCAAUCACAAACAAUUGAAAUAAAAUCUCUUCAAGCAGCAAGCUUGUAUCGAAUUCAAGUAGCUGCUGAAAAUCAUGCAGGACAAAGUGUUUUUUCGACACCUAUUCAAGCAAAAACUUUCUCUGGAGAAGUUCCACAAUUUAGUUUAUCAAAUACAUCAUGUCUUGACUAUAGAUCUUGUUUAAUUAAAUGGUUUAUUGUCUAUGAUGGUGGUUCAAAAAUAUCACAAGUUGAAAUUUCUUAUGCUACAAUUCAUGGUAAUAAUAAAGUAGGAAAAUGGAGUAAGCCAAUUCGUAUUGAAUCACAGGCGACUGAAUAUGAAUUGAAAGACCUUAAAUCGAAAACAAAUUAUAUAAUUGUUGUUCGUCUAUUUAAUGCAGCUGGACAUAGUGAAGAAAAAAUUCGAAUAACAACAAAUUUAAUUUCUGAAUGUAAAAUAGGUUGUCGUUCUAAACCAAGUGUCUUGAUUAUUAUAGGAAUAAUAGCUAGUAUUAUUCUUGGUGCUAUUAUUAUAUUUAUUUUGUUGAUUCUAAAUCGAGCGCUACUUACACAUUACAAUUAUCGAAAUCCUGAGUCAUCUCCAGCGAUUGGCAGAAGAGCUACCGACGAUGAAUGA